ACACACGGCGACACGCACUCGCUUCAACUCGUCCUGGACAGAGCGUAGCAGUAACUAUGCAGACUUUACUGCCUGUGCUGGUUACAUUGGGAUUAGUGGUGCUUCAGUUCACUCAGGGUGAAGUUGCAAAACCUGAUCCAGAUGAGGACGUACUUGGGGAAGCAAUAGCUGAUGGUUUUAUAGUGGAUGUCAAAGGUACAACAUCGUCGGUCAGAAAUAAGCGAUUAAUUGAGGCAGCCAUUACCCCAGACAGCCUAAACCCAGAAGGAAAAACAUUUCAGUCCCUGCAGGAGGACAGUGUGACAACAGUAGGCCAUAAGGUCAGUACAAGAUCUACCAAAGAGGUUCCAAAGAAUGAGAAUGCUGAGACUUCACCCACUAUGACCUUUAACCAAGACACAACAACGCUCCCCACCAAUGAGAACAAUGGAGACACCACUGCACAGACGGCCUUCCCUGAACUCAGGGUCAUUGAGAUGAAGCUCCUACCUGAAGAAACCAUCAAUGAGAAUAUGAACAUAGAAGGUUCAGGCAUGCUUUUAGAGACUCUCCCUAGAAAGCUUCACAAGAAUCCCCUCCCUUCAACCAGUAUCAGCACUCCUGUGGGGGGCUUACCCACCACUACUCAUUUGAUCUGGCCCACUGAAAUGGAGGAAGGGUCUGGGAUGGACCGUGAUGGUAACACCUCAGAUGGGCUCACUUCAACCCCUAAGACAACCACUAUACUUGAAAAUAUUGAAGAGAAAGCUUCAGAGACAGAUUUAGAUGCUGAAGCACCUUCCCUACCGAAUAGCCGAAACAGUAAUAAUUUACCUAACGAUGCAGGACCCACGACAUCUGCCCAGGCAGAAGAGGGCACACCUGCCUGGCUGAUUAUCUUUGCAUUCUGCAUGACUCUCGGCGCCAUCCUCUGUGUGUUUGCUGGGAUCGCCACCAAAGACAUGUGGUAUGGGCCACGUAGGCGGAGCCUGAACAUCACACCACAGGACAGCAAUGAGGAAUACGGCAAAUCAGCAACGCUUCCACUGUCAGAAAAGGAGCAGGAGUUGGUGACACUCAUGAACACAGGACAGGGACAGAAGAAUGAUAAAGACUUCACGGUCGUCUCCCUAGAAGAAGCUCCUGAGAAGGAAUAUCUAAUGUAGCACUGAUGAGACUGAAACGAAAGUGUUGGGUCUUAACUGACGUAGAAGAUCCCUGAAAAAACCAAAGCCAAAGAGAUUCAACUGACCUUUGUUUCAUCGUAUUCUGUGCAGUGUUCAGGCCUCUGACACAGCACAACUGUUAGUGUCAAUGCAUGUGUCUGACUGUGAUCUUUACUCAUCACUUUACAGACAGAACACAGUAAUGAAAUGUUCACGUUUUCAUUUGCAACCUUUGUUUUAAUCACAAGCUUGAAAUUGCACAAUUUACUUCUUUUUUGCUUUUUCGGUCAAACCUUUCAAAGAAACACUUUACUGUAGGCUACAUGACACCUACACAAGCUUGUCAUGACAACUGACAUAACCAUACAUAAAUAUUUAAUCAGGCUUUUUUCAAUAAGCGUCAUUCAGUAUAAAGGUUACACAGAUUAUACAGAUGAUGCCUAUAGGAAUAAGCAUUUAUAAACAUUCAUAUAGGGUUAUGUCAGUUGUCCUGACAAGCUUGUGUAGGUCAUGUGGCCUUAUGAACAGCACUCUACAGUAAAGUGUUACAGAAAGUUGUAAUCUAAUUUCAAAACUACGACCUAAGCAUUAUUUCACUGUUUUAUAAAGCUUUUGUAAAUAUCUAUCUGUAAGUACUAUGUACUGUGUGAUAUAUGAUGCCUUUCAGAUGAUCAAGGAAUGCAGCCCACAAUAGAAUGAUUCAAAGCUAAUUUUACUUGACGUAAAUAAUAUGCAAAAGUUUGGGCGCCUCUGGUCAAAUAUCAGGUUAACUCAUUUAUGUGCAAAGUUGCCAAAGAUAUGGCACAAUUUAUAUUUCACGUUUUGUUUUUUUCAUAUAUAUUAAAUAUUUAAAAAUAUUGCCAUAUUUAAGUUUGUUCCCUGUUGAGGCUGUUUUGACUUAUUUCUGCUUAGAAAAUCAACAAAACAUGUCAUUUGACCAGGGACGCUCAAACUUUUACAUAAAACUGUAUGUUUGAUUUAUAUGUGCCUGUUUAGUUUUGGGAAUUGAAGACAUGCUUAAAUGGUAAAAGGGACUGUGUUUAUUAAUAUUAAUGAGAAAAAUAAGACUAAGUUUCUCACAUUCCUUACAUAUUUUCACACAUGCACACACACACACACACACACACACAUGUGAAUGGAUGCACAAACAUUAUUAUUCAAUAGUUUAAAUCACUUUUUUGUAUUAAAAAAAGUUUGUUUUUUAUGUACAGUAAUAACAAUACUUAUACAAUGCAGAUAUACUCUGAGCGAGACAUCAAAGCUAUUUUAGAUGUUCUGUUUAAUAUUUCAUGUAUUUUGGCAACCAAAAGAAGUUAUUAAAGAUUAAGUAAUAUACUGUAAAUAUGAAUUUAAUUAUUUUUUGGAAGUUAUCUGCUUUAAGAUGUGAU